AUGUCUCGACUUUUUCAUCCCGACCUUCACAGCCAUCUUGCGCAUGGGGGCUUCGUCCGAACCACCAUUGAAAAGCUAUAUCAACUCGACUUCACACACCUGGGAUCUAUUGUUGCUGUCGCCGGAAUCAUACCUGCUGCAUGGGUGUAUAUCCGCAGCGCGUGGAGAGAGACAUCAGCAUGGGUGCGACACUUUUUCAUUGCUUCGGUGUCGAUUCCCGCGCAUGAUCCCGUCAACAGAAGCGUCAGCACAUGGCUCCACGAGCACGUUAUUGAGCCUCGACGACUACGAUUUCACAUUGCGCGGACAGAGCCCGGUCGUACGUCAGAUCCGGGCGCUGCGCUGAAGAAGAGUGCACCUGUGCAGUAUUUGCCCCAAUGGCAGAACAUCUGGUUCCGGCAUGAAGCGAAGAUGUUUGCUGUCAGUCGAGAUGGCUUCAGUUCUUCAAGCCGAGACUCGGACUAUGAUGGGUUCGGUGGAGGAGAGCUCUGUAUCAGCUGUCUGGGCGUAUCUUCCGAGCCUAUCAAAAAGCUGAUUGAGACGUGCCGCCUGGCAGCAGAUCAACAAGCCCAAUUCUACGUAAUCAUCUACUGCAGAGAUCGCUAUGGGAUGAACUGGAAGCCUCGACUGCGAAGACCACUUCGCCGAAUCGACACUGUGCACUUUGACGAGCGCGUGAAGAAAGCGCUCAUGACAGAUAUCAAGACCUACCUCGACCCUCGGACACAAAAGCUCUAUCAAAGUCGAAGCAUGCCGUAUCGGAGAGGAUACCUGUUUUAUGGUCCACCUGGUUCGGGAAAGUCUUCUCUGUCGACGGCAAUAGCCUCCGAGUUCGGUCUCGAUCUGUACGAGGUCAAAAUUCCGAGCAUCUCGAGCGACGCGGAUCUCGAGCAAAUGUUUUCAGAGGUGCCACCACGCUGCAUAGUGCUUCUGGAAGACAUCGACGCUGUAUGGACUGGCCGUGAACGCCAGUUGCCUGAUAGUGACGAUGAGAGUAGCAAUUCUUCCAGCUCGAAUGUCACACUAUCCGGCCUCCUCAACGUCCUUGAUGGGGUGGGAUCGCAGGAGGGUAGAAUUGUGGUCAUGACCACUAAUAGGCUUGAGGAGCUCGAUAGCGCCCUGAUCAGGCCUGGUCGCGUGGAUCUGAAAGUCCACCUUGGAUUAAUUUCGCAACAAUCUGCGCGAGACAUGUUCAUUUCCAUGUUCGCGCCCGACCUGUUGCACUGGGCACGUAUCUCAUCAGAGACGGUGGACACUCUCGAGGAUCAUGUAUCGCUGGAACAGGUAAAGAUACUCGCCGCGCAAUUUUCCGAACAGAUUCCGGAGGAUACCUUCACGCCUUCGCAACUGCAAGGCUUCUUUCAACUGCACCUCAAAAGUGCGGUUCGUGCGACUUCCAGCAUUGCAGCGUGGGUAAAGCAGCAGCGGUUGCCCGAUUCGGAGAAAGAAUUCGAAGUCUGCUAG